AUGGCGGCCACAGAGUCACAGUUGCCCACCGACCCCAAGUACGAUCAGUACGACUUUCCCACCACCGCUCCGGAGUCACAGCCUGGUCACCCUGGCCACACCACCCCGGAGCAGGAUGCAAAGGUUCACCAGCUCCGUGCCGAGCUGGAAAAGCUCGGCUACACCGAGCGUUUGGACACUCUGACUCUCCUACGCUUCCUGCGUGCCCGCAAGUUCGACAUCGAGGCUGCCAAGGCCAUGUUUACGAACAGCGAGAAAUGGCGCAAGGAAUUCGGCACCGAUGAUUUGGCAGCUAACUUCGAAUACCCGGAGAAGGAGAAGGUCUUCGAGUACUACCCUCAGUACUAUCACAAGACGGAUAAGGAUGGCCGUCCCGUCUAUAUCGAGAAGAUGGGCAAGAUCGAUCUGAACCAGAUGUACAAGAUUACCAACGCCGAUCGCAUGCUGAAGAACCUGGUGACUGAGUAUGAGAAGCUGGCCGACCCGCGCCUGCCUGCCUGCUCGCGCAAGGCCGGUAAGCUGCUCGAGACCUGCUGCACCAUCAUGGAUCUCAAGGGAGUUGGCAUCAGCAGCAUUUCCUCUGUUUACACAUAUGUCAAGCAGGCUUCAGAGAUCUCGCAAAACCACUACCCUGAGCGUCUCGGAAAGCUGUACCUGAUCAACGCCCCCUGGGGCUUCAGCACCGCCUUCAGCGCCAUCAAGGGUUUCCUCGAUCCCGUGACUGCUAGCAAGAUCAACAUCCUCGGCAGCGGAUAUCAGAAGGAGCUGCUGUCCCAGGUUCCCGCCGAGAACUUGCCCGUUGAGUUCGGCGGCAAGUGCACCUGCCCUGGUGGCUGUGAGCUCUCCGAUAUGGGCCCGUGGCAGGAGCCUGAAUGGACUCGUCCCCCUAAGUGGGCUACUAAGAAGGAGGCCACCAAGCAGGAUGCCGAGCCUGUUGUGCAGAACGAGGAGACCAGUUAUGAGAAGAAGGAUGUCGAGGGUCAGGAGGGUGUUCAGACCAGCGCUUAA